CUUUCUCUGACGCCGUAGCUCCCGCCUCCUGAGUUGGAAGUGUUUCUUGCUUUCCUCUCCGCUAAAGGGUUUGAUUCCUUUGAGUAUUACUAAAUGAAAUCUUCAGGAAGUCUGAUCUGAAUGGAAGUGAAUUUAUUUGAAGCAUAACAUGAAUUGGUUCCUGAUAACACAGGAGUUGAGUUUCCAAAAAUUUAUGAAGCAGUCAUCAUAUGUAGAAGAACUUAAGUAUGACUUCAAUGAAAAGGCUGAAUUGAGACACACAGAAACACAUGAGCCCUUCAUCUUUAAUUAUUACAAAAAUACCCUUGAGAGAAACAGCAAGCGCUACCAGGCUCUUGGACAUUUGCUUGAAUGUUACAUUUAUGAACUCCUGGAGAAGGUGUGCAAACUAUGCAAAGUAUAUAUCCCAAUUCAGGCUAUUAUGGAACCAAGGAGCUUCUUUUUCAUGAGUGAAAAUGCAUUGACUAAUCCUUCCCUUCUUCUUGUCCUCCUUCAAGACCAUGGAGUUUUUCGAGCUGGGCAGUGGAGUCAACAGACUAUUGUCCGUCAUGGCCUACAACAUGGAAGUCAAAUCCCUUGUAUUCAACUAGCAUUGCAGUCAGAUUAUGGUAUCAUUGUUUUAAACCCCAAUGAUAAUUUCAUGGAUUUAAAACUAGAAAAAGAUUGUCAAAGUCCUGUAAGAUACCCUAUUGAGUCAUCUUCCACAGAAAUGUUUCACCCUGGGAACCCGUUUUCUUUGCCAAAGCUUUCCCAGUGUAUUCCUAAAAAGUAUAGUAGUACACCUGAGGAACAUACUGCCUACAUCUGGAAUCAUUUCAUUUUAAAAAGUGCAGCCAGGAAUGUAGCUUUUAUUGUCCAUGGUUAUGGAGGUUUGGUAUUCAUGGACUUACUUGUUCAGAAAAAGUGGGAAGUAAUGAACAAAGUAUAUGCUGUAGCUCUUAUUGAUUCUGCACACCAUAUAGAGCAUCAGCUAGGAAAUGAUACACAGCUAUUAGCAUGGAUAAAACAUCACUGUCGUGAAUGGAUAACAAGCCAUAAGCCAUUGGAUAAACCUGUAGCUACUGUUUUGAAAAUGGAUUGUCCAAAGGUUUCUGCUGGUACAGAAAAUCAUAGCUUAGCACCUUCUACCAGCCUACAAUCAAUUUUCAAAUACCUCAAAAAUGCUUUAAAAGCCAAAACAUCUGUUCAUUUUUCUCGAAUGCCAAUUGUAACUAGAAGCUGUACAAAAAGAAAACAAAACACUUAGGAAAAAAAGAGACUUACUAUGUCUGCUCCUUAGAAAGCUGCAGUAAGAAUGUUGGAAUGAAAAGGCAGAUUUUACUUCUUCCCAAUCUUGGCGUAUUGAAUAACUAUUAUGAUUUUGAAUUUUGUUUUUCUUAAAGAAAUGUGAUUUUUUUUUAUUUUGCAGUCUUUUAUAAGAUAAAGUAAACUUCCAGUCUGCUAUUUUUUGUACUUUACAAAAUUACUUUAAAGUCCAUUUUUAGAAUUGUUUAAUUUUAAAAAGCCGCUUUCUUAAGAAUUUAAAAGUAGUCAUUACAAUGACUACAACUUAAUUCAGAUUUAGAGCAAGUUAUAUUCUUUGAUUUAUAAAUGACUUUGGUAACUCUGUAAAACUAAAGAAAAUUAAACACAAUGUGAGCAGCA